ACCCGGCCCCGAGCGGCUCAGCGCCCCGUGACGGCAGCGGGACCCGAGGGGAGGCGGCUGCCCGCUCUGCAUCGCGCUGCGGGAGCGACACCGGACCGCGCGUGUCCGCCCGGCCAUGGCCCUGCAGGCUGACUUUGAUGGGGCUGCAGAAGAUGUAAAAAAACUGAAGACAAGACCAACUGAUGAAGAACUGAAGGAACUCUAUGGAUUCUACAAACAAGCUACUGUUGGAGAUAUUAAUAUUGAAUGUCCAGGAAUGUUAGAUGUGAAAGGCAAAGCCAAAUGGGAGGCGUGGAACCUGAAAAGAGGUAUGUCGAAGGAGGAUGCCAUGACUGCCUAUAUUUCUAAAGCAAAAGCAAUGAUUGAAAAAUAUGGGAUUUAGAAUACUUGGACAUCGCACUGUGGGUCUUCUCAGUGGUUAAUGGACUAACUCUGCAGGGGAAAAUGCAGUUUCUAACUAACUGGUUAUUGUGGAAUCUAACAGUAAUUAACGCGUGAGCCACUGCGAAAGGUGUUCACAUGCAUACUGUAUUUUUAGACUGCAACUUAACUCUAAUCAAGUCUGAGCCUAUGAAAUAAAUGCUUCUGUAAGAGUCGUGGA